AAGAGAACGCAGCUAUGAAGGACGAGAUCAAAACACUGAAACAGACCAUACGAGACCUGAGGCUUCCUGACUACAUCUGCAAAGGGAAGACACCUGUACCAGCUGAUUUCAUACUGGAUCCUGAUACAGCUUACUGUGCACUCAUUCUGUCCAAGAGCCAGAAACGAGUGCGGCUGGGAGAAAAGAAAACCGUCAAUCACACCACAAAGAGAUUUGAUAAGUACGAGAGCGUCCUCGCCACUAAAGGCUUCAGGUCUGGACGGCACUACUGGCAGGUGGAGGUCAACAGAGAGUUCACUGUUGGAGUUACAAAGGAGUUUUCCCAGAGGAAAGGGAGGUUCAGUGUCUCACCCAGUGUGGGCUACUGGUGUCUCUAUCACUACAGACAAAUCUUCUCAGCUCUGGAGGAGCCCAGCAAGCCGCUGCCACCCGACACCGUCCCCCGGAUUUUGGGGGUCUGUAUUGAUGUGGAUGAGAAGUGGGUCGCUUUUUAUAACAAUGAGACUAAAACUCACAUUUACACAUUCAGACAUAUGAACUUCACAGAUGGAGAGCAGAUCUACCCCAUAUUCAGUACCACAGAGAAAUCUGCAGACCUGAAGAUCAAGACUGUGAGAUGAAUGAUUGUAAGGAGUGGACAGUGGUUGUAGUUGUACAGGUUGUAGUUUGCUAUUACCUAGACUAGGAUAUCAAACACAGCAGUGGUUGUGACCUGUUUGCUUAUGAGCUGAGCCAGGUGUGUCAGAGGUAUCAUCUUUUAUCAUUUACCUGAUAGGACUGGGUAGAACAACUUUGGACUAAAAAUGGUGAAUUUUCCAUUUAUCCUAGAUUGCAGUUGAUCAGCCAUGUUUGGUGUCCAAAUUUUCCCUCUUUAGUUUAGGGCUAGAGCUACAAAGCUAAUGUCAAACAUUAAACGUCAACAGUCACCCAAAUCUUUUCUCUAAAUACACCCCCAAAACUUCUCUCAGCCUACUCAGACCACAUCUAGGUUUUUAUUAAAGUGGUCCAGACUUGUUGACCAUAGUCAAACUCAUCCCAUACUGGAUUGAGCGUGUCGGGUGUCGCUGCACUCACGGCUCUUUCAGUGCGA